CUGGUAACCCUGUGGGAAGACAGCUCAGCUCGUACGUAUUUCUACUCCUACGAAUCCGACUAAAUACGGAUUAUGCACGAGUAGAUUUACGUUUGAAUGUUGUCAUACCAUCACCCGAUUAUUCAGUGACCUUUGAGACGAAAGAGGCACACAAUUUCCUUUUUCCUUGGAUCAUUUAUGGUUAAAAACCUCUUUGUGUUUGAAAUGUUAGUUUGUACAUAUCGAUAAUUCCGUUGCAAUCAUUGCUUGCAUUGAUUACGGAAGUUUUGGCACGAAACAACAUGAGACGUGAAAAUCGUCUUGUUCUGGUGUUCUUUUACGUUUGUAUGGAACUGGCUGUUCUUGUGAGUGGAGCAAUUGUGUACCCAUCGUUGCACUGGACUUUUCAAAACCCUCUAUUCAAAGGAGGAAACUAUCGCUUAAAUGUCCUCCCAGGAUCAAAACUAAACAUCCUCUGCCCGCAUGUGGCAGUGUCUCUAGAAGAGAGACAGGACACUGAUAAUGGUCUCAUCUAUGAGAACUUUUGGCGAGUAGAUCUUAAAAGCUACGAGACUUGCAAUGUGAAUAGCAGCAUAACCAAAAACAAGAUCUUCCUUCAGUGUGAUAAUCCACGUCAAAUACAGUUUGAAACACUCGUGUUUCAGCCUUUUAAUGCAGACCCUUCUCGAGUUUUCAAGAAAGGAACAGUGUAUUACUUCAUUUGUAAGUGUGGUUUGUAUUUUAUGAGUGCAACCAUUUGCUCGGCACAUCAUCGUGGCUUGAUCAAUUUCAUGAUGCUUUUUGAAGAAAAACAUCCAUCUUCCACCUAUGAUUAAUUUUUGGCUAUUCCUCUCCCUUAAUUUAAAAUGCUAAGGCUUUUUUGAUUAAUUGGAGGUAAAGCCUUUUGGAAGGUGUCCAGUUUUCAAAAGGUCAGAAUUCAAUUAUCAUAACGGUUUUUCAAUAGACCAAUUUAAGAUGUAAGCAAUGCAAUCAAGAGCCCUUCCCUUCAAACCUUUGGUAUUGUUGUGGUCAAAUACCUCUAUGAUAACAAAAGAACUACAGCUUGCCACGUAAAAAAGGACCCGCUAUUCUCUGGUUGGCAUUUGAGAUAAACAUAUUAUUUGUUGUCUCCUCAGAGGAUGCACCUGCUAAAUGCUUACUUCUAAAUCAGAUGUUAUUCUGUUGAGUCAACCCUUGCACUACAAAGAUCUCAUUAGUUAUUCUCCUAACCCUCUGCCUUACAGUUCAUUUGAUCUUUGUUUGGAGAAUUUGCUUUGGAGCCAAAUAGAAAUACUCUAAUUUGUAUUUCCUUUAUUCUCAUCACUUGUCUGCUUGAUAUUGUAUUGAUAUGGUAAGGAGAAAUUCUGUCUUGAUCAGUCAUGAGAGUGAAAGGGUUAACCUGGCCAGUGGACUCCUGUUUCCUUUAGGUAAAGGUAAAGCCU